AUGUCUUCGAGCCUGAGAAUCGACUACGACUUCGGGCAGAGCCUCCUCUCUUCAAUAGGCUUCCUAACACUCACCGGAACUCUCGCUAUCAUCUACCUGAUUCAUGAAUCAUAUAGGAGUAACUUUCCCAGAGUGAAGGGGAUUCCCGAGGUUUCAGGCGCUCUUCCUUUCAUCGGACAUCUCCAUCUUCUUGGUGGACGGUCGGGGGAGAAUGACGCCACAGUCUUCACAGAAUGGUGCAAGAAGCUGAACUCACCUAUUGUGCAAUGUCGCCUGGGUGAUCAGCGAACCAUCAUUGUAUCCGACUUUGCCAUCAUCAAGGACUUGUGGGUUGGUCAAUCGAAUUCGAUGAUUCACAAGCCGCACCAGCCUGGUUUCGUCGACAAGCUAGGAGUUGACCUUACCGGAUCACCUAUGACUGAGCAGAUACGCAAGUGCCGAGCGGCUGCCAUGCGAGCGCUGGGCAAAAUGAGCUGGCCCAAGUAUUGGCAUCACCUGGAGCCGUCAUCCGCAAAACUGGUUAAGGAUGUGUACACCAAGGGUCAAAACGGUCGUCUAUCUAUGGACACGUACGCGUACUUGAGAAUGGUCGCGUUCGACCUUAGUCUGUCUCUCACCUACGGCGCUCGUUUCAAUGAAGUUGACAAUGAUUUCAUGAUCAACUUCAUCAAGGCUAUCAAUGAUAUUUCAGCAGUGCGAUCCUCCACACAGACGUAUCGUCAUUUCGUCCCUCUACUCCGGGUUAUUCCUGAGGCAACGUCUGAGACCAUCGCUGCGGAAAGGCGCCGAGCGAAGCAUGUUGACCAACUUUACAAGAGCUUCACCGACAGAGUAGCUGCGGGUGAGACAGUCGACUGUAUAGUUGCUUCUCUCGGAGCCGACAAACUGACUGAGGAGGAGAUUCAUGGGACUUGUUUGUCUCUUCUGCAGGCUGCUCCUGAUACUGUUGCUUCCGGCGUGUAUCAAACCUUGGCCUGGCUCUCGAGUCCGGAAGGUCGACCGACACAGAAGAGAGCUUACGAAGCUAUCCUCGAUGCCUAUGGGGGUGACCGUGACUUGGCAUGGAAGAUGGCCUUCCGUGAGGACAGGGUGCCCCUCAUAACCAGCCUGAAUAAAGAAACCCUCCGACAGUUCACUUUUACGCCAUACGCUACACCGAGACGAACCAGCAAAGACAUCAAGUACAAGGACUAUUUCUUCCCCGAGGGAAUCACCUUCAUCAUGAAUGCCCAAGAGGCAAACCACGACUUGAAACAAUUCGGCGAGGACGCCUGGCAGUACAACCCCGAUCGGUACAUGGGCAACAACGAUCCUCUGCCACACCUCGCGUUUGGAGCUGGAGCUCGAAUCUGCCCGGCAGUGGCUAUCAGCAACCGCCUCAUAUCCGCGAUCCUGACACGGAUGAUUCUUGCGUUUGACUUCACCGAACCUGAGGAGGGCGAUGCACGGAAGCCCAGCAUUGAUCCCAUAGACUUCUCUGACGUGUACAACCAAUUGGUCGCUCAUCCAAGGUUCUACGACGCCAAAUUUACCGCCAGAGAUAAGAGGUGGUUGGAGCAUAUCUGUUCGGAAGAGAAAGUAUAA